AUUCUGUUUGCCAAAACUUUAAGAAUCUUAAUGACAACUGACUAAGGCACGACAGAAUACAGACUUGACUAUACUGCUGUACGACAUGUUCGUGUGUGUGCUUUAAGUCUUUUGUGCAAGUUUUAAACUUAAACAAAGUUAUUGGAAAGUUCUGUUUCUUUGGAAAAAGAUAUCGGAUUUGAAGAUAAGCAAAUUGUCAAAAGUUUCGGGACACCAUGGCUCGUAAUGCUAAGAAAAGAAAGAUAAAACGAAGAAACAAAAAACAGCAGCCGAUAGACUUAAUGAAAAAGAGACAAAAUAUAUCUUCGGAAAAGGAAGACUGGUUAGAGAAACUUUCGAGAAAUUUGUCGACGCUAAACCUAAAGGAACAAGCGAGAGAAAGCACCGACCACCGUCACUCGACUCCAGCGGAUAGCCGAGAGUCGAGUUCUGCGAUGGUCUAUAAGAGUUGUGACACGAUACAAAGAAACCGAAGCUCACUCUCGUCGCCAUUCAAAAACGAACAAUUUCCCUGUAAGACAAGGGCAAACAGUGUUACAGAAAACGAAAGUAUGUCCAGAAACUCUACAAGUUUAUCAUUUUAUAUACCAACCGCAAGAAACUGCACGGAUCCGCCGUCUUUCCAGAGCACCGACAGGUCCCCGAUCUUUCACCGAACAAACUCUCAACGUUCGAGCAUUGUUCGGUUUCAACAAACCAGGGGUGCAGCAAAGCGAGCACUCUCCGAAGGUGAAAUUAAACAAAACGGCCAAACACUAGAAGACUUUGAAGAAAGGCCAAAAACAUGUUUACCCGCGAAUGUAUUCUCCAAAGCAAUUAAAGCGAGGAAGGACUUUGAUCGGCAAAACCGAGUAAAAAGCUCAGUGAUCGAGAGACGCGGCAAGCUGAUGGAACUACCCUACUGGAAGUUUUUGAUACCCGAGCCCCCGAAACUUGAAGUGGACAAAAUGAACGUCAGUAUAUUUACCCCUAAGGAUAUCCCCGGCAUCAAAAUAUUCGAUGAAUCAUUCUUUGACAUCUGAAACACCGUGAAAAUAAGAUAUCUAUACAUGCAUUUUACUUUAGACAAUGCAAAUUUCAUUUACAGCAACUACAUAACAAGAAAUAUUGAUGGUAUUACAAAGUGCGUCAGGUAUAACAAAGUGCGUCAUGUAUUACAAAGUGCGUUACGUAUUACAAAGUGCGUCAGGUAUUACAAAAUGCGUCAGGUAU